GUGAGAGACCUGCAAUGUCAGUCAACUCCACUCGCAGACACUUUUGUUUACACUCUCUUUCCACCAAUCUUCCUUCUACUCCAAACAUAUAUCCUUUAUAUUCUCUUGCACACAUUUCCCAACAUUCUCUUCUUCUUCUUCUUCCAUUCUUCAUCAUGUUCUCUUCACCCUCAAUCUAAAUCAAAUAAAAUACUCAUUCACACACCCCAGAUAGAUAUACAUACAUAUAAAGGAUAAUCACACUUCAAAACUCACUGCUAAGAACAUGGGCAGGUAUUACUACCCUUCUUCAUCUUUCCUUAGUGUUGUUUACUUCCUCUUUUCUUUCUCUCCCAUGGUCUUCUCCCUGCUAUCACAAACCCAAACACAAACCAUGAACAGUCUCUCAAAGAAUCUUACUGGUAGGACUCCAUGGACUGGCUCAGACCCAUGUGCAUGGAAGGGAGUGAGUUGUGCCAACUCCUCUGUAGUAGGGAUUUCUUUAUCUGGCUUUUCACUCAAUUCUUCUGACUUUCUGCCCCUUGUUUGCAAAAUUGAAACUUUAGAGAUUCUUGAUGUCUCCAAUAACCGUCUGACCUCAAUCCAUGAUGGUUUCAUCACUGAGUGUGGAAAGAUAAAGGGUUUGAAACUGUUGAGUUUCAGUAAUAACAAUUUAGGUGUUUUACCUACUUUUCAUGGCUUUGAUGCAUUGGAAUCCCUGGAUAUGUCUUUCAAUGCGAUGAGAGGGAAUAUUGUUUUAGAGAUAGAUGGGUUGGUUAGCCUCAAAAUUUUGAAUCUUAGUUUAAAUGUAUUCUCUGGGUCUCUUCCUACCAAAUUGGGAAGGUCCAUGGUUUUGGAGCACCUUCUGCUUUCUAACAAUAGUUUUGAAGGCAAAAUCCCUGAUGAAUUAUUGAGUUAUGAAAACUUGACUUGGAUUGAUCUUAAGAACAAUAGACUUUCACACUCUAUUCCUACCAAUAUCGGGAAGCUUUCUAAAUUAGAAACUUUGAUCCUUUCCAAUAAUGACCUCACUGGUGAAAUUCCAACUUCACUGGCGAACAUCACCAAACUUUCAAGAUUUGCAGCAAAUCAGAACAACUUCACAGGUUCCAUACCUUCUGGGAUUACAAAAUAUCUCACGAGUUUGGAUCUUAGUUAUAAUACUCUGUCUGGCGCCAUUCCAGAAGACUUUUUAUCUCCACAACAGUUGCAGGUUGUAGAUUUGACCAAUAAUACGUUAAAUGGGUCUUUACCUACGAAAGUUUCUCCAAAUUUGUUCAGGUUGAGGUUUGGCAGCAAUCAGCUGAGUGGAAACAUUCCUUCAGAUGCUUUUGUAGAAGUUCAGAAUUUGACAUACUUGGAGCUGGAUAACAAUAUCUUCACGGGAUCAAUACCACCUAAGUUGGGUUCUUGCAGGGAUUUGACAUUGUUGAAUUUAGCUCGGAAUCGGUUGAGUGGUGUAUUGCCACGAGAGAUUGCCAAUCUCACCAAUCUCCAUGUCUUGCAGCUCCAAUUGAACAAUCUUAGUGGUUCAAUCCCAACUCAAAUUGGCCAACUUCAUAAGUUGUUAACCCUGAAUUUGAGCCGGAAUUCUCUGACUGGACCAAUUCCAUCUGAGAUUAGCAGUUUAAGUGGUCUUAAUUUCCUGUACUUGCAAGGGAACUAUCUUAGUGGUACCAUACCAACAUCUAUUGGCAAGUUUGAUCAUCUUUUAGAACUCCAACUUGGGGAAAACCACUUGAGCGGUGUGAUUCCAAGCAUGCCAUUGAGUCUGCAGGUUACAUUGAAUCUUAGUAGCAACCACUUUAAUGGUUCUAUUCCUAGCAGUUUUGGUACUUUGAGUAGCCUAGAAAUCUUGGAUCUCUCAAAUAACAACUUUUCUGGUAAAAUUCCUUAUGAUCUUACUAACAUGCCGGCUUUGACACGGUUGAUACUUUCUAACAAUCCUCUGUCUGGAGAAAUCCCAAAAUUCAAUCACGAUGUUUAUGUUGAACAUAAUGGAACUAACCUAAAAGAUAAUACUGCACAGGACAACCCAACUAUCAAGACAGCAGGGUCCAAGAGUGUAAUAAGCGUUGGAGUGGCCAUUCUCAUUGCAAUUGUAGCAGCUAUUUUUCUUGUUGGCUUUGUCACUCUAUUGAUUUUGUCAGUAUCACGCCACUAUUACAGGGUUAAUGAUGAGCAUUCACAGUCAACAGAAGUUCGUCAGCAUCCUCAGGUCAUGCAAAGUAAUCUGUUAACUCCUAAUGGCAUACAUAGAUCAAACAUUGACUUCUCCAAAGCCAUGGAAGCUGUUGCCGAAACAUCAAAUGUUACUCUUAAAACAAGGUUUUCAACUUAUUACAAGGCUGUCAUGCCGUCUGGUUCAAUCUAUUAUGUCAAGAAACUGAACUGGUUUGACAAGGUAUUCCAAGGGGGAAGUCAUGAUAAGUUUGUUAAAGAGCUAGAAGUUUUGGCCAAAUUGAACAACUCGAAUGUCAUGACUCCUUUGGCCUAUGUUCUGUCCACUGACACUGCUUAUAUACUAUACGAGUUUAUCUCAAAUGGCUCCCUCUUUGAUGUUCUUCAUGGAAGCAUGGAUUUGACUUUAGAUUGGGCUAGCAGAUACAGUAUAGCUGUUGGAGUGGCUCAAGGACUUUCUUUUCUUCAUGGAUUCGCCUCUAGUCCAAUACUACUCCUUGACCUGUCAAGUAAAAGUAUUAUGCUGAAGUCCCUCAAGGAGCCUCUAGUUGGGGAUAUUGAACACUACAAGGUGAUUGAUCCCUCAAAAAGUACGGGGAACUUUUCUGCAGUUGCUGGUUCAGUUGGUUAUAUUCCUCCAGAGUAUGCAUACACAAUGACAGUAACAAUGGCUGGGAAUGUCUACAGCUUUGGUGUGAUUCUGCUUGAACUGCUGACAGGAAAGCCUGCAGUGACUGAGGGAACGGAAUUGGUGAAGUGGGUUUGGCGUAACUCCACAAACCAAGAUUACAUUCUUGACUUUAAUAUCAGUAGAACAUCACAAGCAGUCAGAAACCAGAUGCUUGCAAUUCUUGAGAUUGCUCGUGUUUGUGUUGGUACAUCCCCAGAAUCAAGACCAAAGAUGAAGAGUGUACUAAGGAUGCUCUUAAAUGCUAGAUGAAGUCAGAUUCUUCAGGGUUGGAAUGAAUAUGUGAGGUAUAUUUCUUUUGUGAUGAUGCUUUUAAGUCUAGAAAAUAUGAAAGGUAGAAUAUAUGAUUGGACAUGAUUUUCUUAAUACUUCUAUGGUGUGUGAACAGUGUACAGUUAAUCUUUUUACUAGUGGUAGAAACAUAGUGUAUACAACAAUAAUGGAUGUCUUAUUGUUUGGUUCUUCGAACGGACAUAGCAGAGAAGUGUUGGUAUCUAA